AUGACCGAAAAAACGCGGGGUCGAUUUUACCAUUGCAAGCCCUUGACAGCACAGCUUCAGGCCCAAGUCGUUCACACUUGGUUCAGUCUUCAAAUCCACCACAACUCGGACAUCAGGACUCGGAAGUUGAAAGGUUGUACAGUCGAAACCCUCGUAACCCAUACCCUUCCGUGGACAGUCCAGCCUAUGGGUUUUCAGAGGUUAUGGGUUGGAGGGGAUAAAAAUUUUAUUGAGUGUCAUGAAAAAACAGUGAAAAAUGCGGGGUUCUAUGACCAUUUUUGGGUCCAAAAACCUAUGGGUUUUGCCCACGAAGGGCUAUGGGUUAUGGAUUAUCACGGACUUAUGGGUUAUGGUAUGCAAAUCCCCGCCCACCAACUUGGUGGAUCCAAAAUGGCAUGGGAUUUCAGGGGUUAUGGGUUAUCUGAUGCAUGGGUUACGAGGGUUUCGACUACGCUCGACUUGAUCAUUACGGCUACAUUAUCGACUAUUAUCAACUUCCGGAGUUCGGACUUGUUUUUUUGUUUUUUCACGUUCAAGACAUGUGAUUCUGGGAACAAGAGGUAA